UAUUGUGCUGGUCAGUUUCAUGUUUUCUCCAAACUCCUACUGAGUCCAUAAGAAAGGAAGCUUUCCUUGACCGGUUUCCUGUAACCAUGGCGACAGGAAGCGCUCUCCAAUCAGGUUUGUGGUAUUGUGUGUUCGGGAAGCGGCCCGUUUCCUGCUGUUCCCGCCGGUUUCCUCUCCGUCGGUGAGCGCUGGAGAGCCGCUCAGACGGUUGUUUUGCUCCUGGAUUUACCCAAAACGGCCUCAUAUGGUUCAGGUGGGUCGGACUUUCUACUGAAAUACAGAACCAGACGUGGAGGAGCACCGCCUGCCUGGAGAUCUGUGAGAAUCGAUGGAGUUCAAGCCAAACGACAUCACUUCCUGUCUGUGAUCCACCCUGGCGGUCAUGCGCCUCAGCCAGCUGGUCACCAGCAGCUCCUCCCUCCAGGUUCCUCCUCCGCCCAGCCGGGUCGGCGCCGGCCCCAUCAGGGGGACGGAGCGGCCCCCGGAGCCCCCGAGGGGCUGCGCCUCGGCCGGGAGGACCUGCUGGAGUCUGGACCUGAAGGUGGCGCUGCUGCUGGUGACGCUGGCUGGAGCCGUGAUCCUGCUGCUGCUCUACAGGCUGCUGCAGCUGAGACACAGGCUCAGGCUGGCCCGGGCGCAACACGCCUUGGAGUACAGCGGCUUCUACCACAGCGCCACCUACAGGCUGAAGCAGCCCACCGCCUGUCAGGAGACGCCCACCAAGAACGGGUCGCUCCCUGCAGAACCGGCUCCCAUCCAGACCAUAACCACCAUAACGUCCGUCGUCCCGCCGCCUUCCCUCCCCCUCCCGCCGACCCCGCCUCCGGCGCCCCCUCCUGGACUCCGGCCGCCGUCGCUGCCUCUGAUCCACACCACGCCGCCCAGCCCCCACCUGUCCUGGGGCGCCUGCUCCGACGGGGACGUUUACUCUCGGAUCGGAGCCUUCCGGCCCUCCAGACCGUCCAGCCUGUCCAGCAGAUCCACCGUCAUCCUGUUCGAACACUCGGCCCUCUGAACCCUCCGGUUUCAUCCUCGAGCACCUCGGGGGGAUCAAAGGUCAUCAAAGGUCAUCAUGAAGUUAACCUUUCAAAGCUAAAACGUCGUCUUUAGUUUCUGUACAGGCAGAUUGUUCAGAAAGUAUUUAGAAAUUAUAAAAUUUAUUAGAAAUACUUUAACAGAAGCAAAAUGUUUUUGCAAUAAAAUGAUAAAUUUUGUUGUUGGACUGUAACUUAUAUCAUGUUUGUAAAUAAAACAAUUUUACAACAGAGUUAGGAGCCAAACUAAUAAAAAAAUAAAACUAUGAGGAAAAAAUGAAUUAAUAUUUCAAGAAUAAAGUCAUAUAAGAAGUCUAAUUAUUACAAAAAUAUUAAUAUUGCUGUAAUAUUAGCAGAAUAAUAUUUAAGCUAACGAGAGAAGAAAAGAAACGAUAGUGAAGUCAAAAUAAUGCAAGAAUUAAAUUGUAAUUUCAUGUUUUAUUAUUUUGACUUUCUUCUUAUAUUUUAUUAAACUUUAUUCUCAUAUAUUUAUUUUGUAAGGCUACAGCAGAGUGCCUGAAGACUAUCAAUAGUCAGAAACAAGUUGAAGUUUAAUAAAUGUUAGAGGACAUUUAGUCAAACUGGAUCACUUGAUGCUUUUUUAUACCUGAUAGGAACAUUUUGUUUUGUUUUUAUCAGUUAUUUUCUAUCUGUGAAACACAAAUGUUUUCAAAUCUUAAAUACUUUAAACUGUGGUGUUAUUAAUUAUUCAGCCUCAGAUUGCUUCUGGUUUUCUGGUGGAAACCUUUUCUGUCCCUUGGUAUGAUUGAAAAAUCGUUUUGUGAGCAUUUUGUCAUUUGAAAAACAAAUAUAUAAAUGUCAAAACGUCAGAAAAAAAAAAUCUCUGUUUAUAAACAAUAAGACAUGCUGGUUGAAUUAUUCAGGGACUGAUCCGUCUCUGUAGGAAAUGUUCCUCCCACGUCACACGAGUCGUAAAAUAUCAGGUUUUCUAACCAUUUCUAGAAUUUCUAGAUAAAAUUUUAAGUAUUUUCUGCAUAAGAAGACAUCAUUUUGUUUUUUUCUAUUAUUUCUGUUUAUUUUGUUGAUACAGAAACACAUUUAAACUUUGUUUUACAAAAUAAAUCAGUCAGAGGUUGUAUGAUAAUGCUAACACUGAAGCUAAUGCUACAGCUAAACACUUUAAACCUGGAGCACCAAUUAAAUUUUUACAUUAUGAUUUACAUCCUCCAUAUAAAUGAAUAGAAAUUUCUCAGUACUUGGAGAAAUAUUAACAGUCAAUAAAACGUCAACACAAAAAUCUAAUUUUAUUUAACUGAAUGUUUACAAAACAACCAAGUAAAUUAGUGCUAAGUGUGCUAAAUGUUUUCAGAGUUAGCAAAAGUGUUAAAGCUCUUAAUGAAAAACGAGCUCUGCUAUUGUAGCGUUAGCAGAAGUUUCCCCACUACUUGUUGACUUUGUUUCAUUUUAGUUUCAUGCUUUUAUUUUGUUAAGUAUUCUCCUGGUUCCUCUGAUCUCCUCCCAGCAGUUAUCAGCCGGUUCUGGUUUCUAAUCAUCAGAUCCUUCUGUCCUUCAUCUUGUUGUCUUUCCUCUUUUGUCCAUGACGCCUUCAUCUUUUGUUAUUCAAAUCGAUUAUUUUAGCUGAGGUGGAGAUUAAAAUAACUCCUGCUU